ACUCAAAGUCCUAAGAGGGCACAGAUGAGGAAAUUCCCAUCACUGCUGAUCAGUCCAGCGACCAUACCCUGCCCCUCUCCCUCGUCCGUACCCUCUCCGAGUCGACUCGUCCCGGCACCUCCCUCAUUCACUCCGAAUUACAAUUAUUAAAUCAUUUAUUUAUUAUUUCCGAAUCAUUUAUUUUGAUCGAAAAAGUGCAUAUCCUCCCUCAUUAAUCCUUCCUGCAGUAAUCUUGUUUUUUUUUUUCUAAAGAAUUAUCUUAUUCUUUUCUAUAUACAAGUUUUCAGAUAAGUUUUAGCAUUUUGCUUGAAGAAACCUUGUUUUGACGGUACCCGCGUUACGAUGACUCACUGAGUUCCGACUCCGAGCCGACCGAUGAGGCUUAUCUCCCCCACGUCGCACCGAUCCGAGGGCCAGAUCCGCCUCCCAUGUCCUCUUCCUUCUCCACUGCUCGCCCCCACCGUCUCCCGCCGCCGUGCCCCCACCUCGUGGCCUACCGCUCCGGCUGCGGGACGCCCCUCCGCUCUCUCCACCGCUGCCUCCGACCCCGCUCCUCCGGCCGGGCGGAGGUCCGCCGCGACCCCGGUGAGGUCCCCCGCUGCGCCUCGUGCCCGCCAACCGCCACACGCCACGGCCCCCGCCUCUACGCCUGUCUCUCCUGCGCCGCGGUCUCCUGCCGCGCCCACGCUCCCGACCACGCCACCCUCGUCCCCAGCCAUGAGAUUGCCCUCGACGUCGACCGCGCCGAGCUCUUCUGCGCCGCCUGCUGCGAUCAGGUGUACGACCCCGAUUUCGACGCCGCCGUCGUGAUCUCCAUCACCUCCUUAUCGUCCUCCCACCUUCCGCCACGCCCGCCGGAGAAGCGGGCGAAGCGGCGGAGGGUGGAAUACCGGGCGUGGGCGCCGGAUCCGAAGGAGCGGGCGGUGAUCGGGCGGAGGUCGAGCCCGUUGAUCGUCCAAGAAGGCAACACCUCUUCCACCACCACCACCACCGCCAACUCCACCACCACCACCGCCAACUCCUCCCCCUCCUCCUCCGUCUCCUCGCCCUCUUCUUUGCCGUGGGGACUGAGGGGUCUCAACAAUCUGGGCAACACCUGCUUCAUGAACUCGGUGCUCCAGGCGCUGCUCCACACGCCGCUGCUGAGGAACUACUUCUUGAGCGAUCGGCACAGCCGCUACGUUUGCCAGCAGAAAAACAAAAAGAAGGGUGGGAGCAAAGAAAAGAGCAAUGUGGCUGAGCAGAAAAAUCCAGCCGGCGGUUCGCAGCCGUGCCUGGCCUGUGAUCUGGACGCAAUGUACUCGGCCGUUUUCGCCGGUGAUCGGAAGCCUUUCAGCCCUGCCAAGUUUCUUCACAGUUGGUGGCAACAUGCAUCAAAUCUUGCUAGUUAUGAACAGCAGGAUGUGCAUGAGUUUUUCAUUUCCAUUCUUGAUGGGAUCCAUGAAAAGGAGCAAGAUCAAUGCAAGCCUCGCAGCCAUGUAGGCAAUGGAGACUGUUGCAUUGCUCAUAAAGUGUUCUCUGGUAUCCUAAGAUCUGAUGUCACCUGUACGAUUUGUGGGUUUACAUCUACCACUUAUGACCCUUGUGUGGACAUAUCUCUGGACUUGGAUUCUAGCCAGGAUCCUAUGAAGAUGGCUACCUCAAAGCUGCAAGCAUGUGAGAGUGAGACAGACUCGUUGUUAACAAGCCAAUGCUAUGGAAUUUCUACCCUCAGUGGAUGCUUGGAGCACUUUACAAGGCCAGAAAAAUUAGGCGCUGAUCAGAAAUUCUUCUGUCAAAACUGUCAAGCGAGGCAAGAAUCCGUGAAGCAGAUGUCCAUUAGAAAGAUUCCGUUGGUCACUUGCUUUCACAUAAAGAGAUUUGAGCACUCUUUAAUUAGAAAUAUGUCGAGAAAGGUUGACCGCUAUCUACAGUUCCCACUUUCCCUAGACAUGGCCCCAUACCUCUCAUCUUCCAUCUUGAGGGCUAGAUGUGGCAACCGCAUCUUUGCUUUUGAUGGGGGGGAUGAUUCAGAUGCAGCUACUGAGUUGGCUUCAGAGUUUGAAUUAUUUGCAGUGCUUACCCACAGUGGCAAUUUAGAAGCGGGCCAUUACAUAACUUAUCUGAGGCUCAAUAAUCAGUGGUAUAAAUGUGAUGACGCAUGGGUCACUCAUGUCAGUGAAAGCAUCGUGAGGGCUUCACAGGCAUAUAUGCUGUUCUAUGUACAGAAAAUCCUCUACUACAAAGCAAGCCAAGAUGUGGUUGCCUCUUGAAUUAUGCAUGGAACGGUGGUCAAAAAAAGGCUCCAGUUGUAACAAGAGUUACAAGAGAGGACCAAGGUGGUUGAAUCUUGAAGUGCUGAUUUGGCUGUGGCGAUAGUCUACCAUUUUAUACAACUGAAACAGGUAUAUUUAGUUACCAAAAAGGCAACAGGUAUACUUAGUAAUUGGCUCAAUCUGACUAAUUCUUUUUAACCGAUGAGUCGUCCAUGAUUGAUACAGCGUGACAAAUGCAAUAGAUCUGAUCUUUGUGGAGUAUAUUCUAAACUCCCUUUCAGGAUUAAAGGGAACCUGAGUUUUUGAGGUGUUCCUAUCAACAAUCGGACGCUUGCUUCUAUGAUCAUAAGUGAGCAGUUAGUUAUGACUCUGUGGCAUCAUUUUGUGACAUCUUUGUUUGACAUUUUUCUGAUACAUAUCAUCAUCACAAUUUAUCAAGCUUGGACGUGCUCUGUCGCCGUUUG